GUCGAUGGCAUCUUAACGCUGGAUGAAAAUAUUGCAGAUAAUGGUGGUGUUCGAGCGGCAUACAUGGUGAGCAGUUUAGUUAAUUCGAUUUAUGAACGAAUUCAAACAUACUGUGGAACAAUGCGGCCAAAAAUGGCCCUGGAAUUGCUGCUGAACGACGAGCACAGUCCGAAGCAACAAAGAGUAAACGUACCGUUGGGGAAUAUGGAAUCAUUCUUCGAUGCCUUCAACUGCCCGCGGGAUUGCGCCAUGAGACCUAGGAAGCAAUGUCGACUGUGGUAG